UUUGCAUUUUUUCAAAAAAACAAAGUGUUGAACUGUAUAUAUUAAUGUAAAUAUGUGAGUGCCCGCGUUUGUUUAUAUUCCAAGACUCUGUAUGUGAAUAAACACGUUGUAAACUUACGUAGUAUGUUAUGUGAAAGUGCGCCUAUUUCUUUACACGCCAUGUUUUUGACAAUUAUCACAAAAACAAAAUCGAAAAGUAAAAUAGAUCAUUCAUGAUCGCCUGUUAUGUUUUAGAACAUUAGUUUACGUGCGUUUAGUAUUUCAGUUUAGUGAAAAACCAAUCAAUUCUAUUAGUCAAAAUGAUUGAAACGGCUCAAUUUUCUCAACCCCCUCCGAAUUUAUCGGCGCCUCCGCCGAAUUUGCAAAUGCCGCCGCCUAAUAUGUCGAUGCCCCCUCCGAGUUUGGGGACACCGACAAAUCCACAAGCUAGGCCACCUUUUCUUAACAAUAAUCAAAAUAGAGUAACGCCACAAACACAUUUUUAUAAACCGUUCCCCGGGAUCUUUCCGAGGGGGCCGACUGGAGGACCCAUGACACAAGAUGAUUUUGACGGGAAAAGACUUAGAAAAUCUGUGAUGAGAAAGACUGUUGAUUAUAAUGCAGCUAUAAUAAAAGUACUACAAAACCGUGUGUGGCAAAGAGACUUUAGAGAUAGACAAGCCUUACAGCCUGAUCCAAUGUACAUUCCAGACUUACUGCCUCCGCCAAGUUAUCCUGAAAACCCUAUAAAUGCAGUAACGACAAAGUUUGUUAAAACUGCUACAAAUAAAAUGAGAUGUCCCAUUUUCACUUUGGCAUGGACGCCCGAAGGUAGACGUUUGGUGACAGGCGCUAGUUCAGGAGAGUUUACAUUAUGGAACGGACUUACAUUUAAUUUCGAAACGAUCCUACAGGCGCAUGACACUCCGGUGAGAACCAUGGUCUGGUCGCACAACGACAACUGGAUGGUGACUGGGGAUCACGGUGGCUUUGUGAAGUAUUGGCAGAGCAAUAUGAAUAACGUGAAGAUGUUCCAAGCGCAUAAGGAACCGCUGAGAGGCAUCAGCUUCAGUCCGACCGACUCCAAGUUCGUUUCCUGUUCGGACGACGGAACUCUCAGGAUUUGGGACUUCAUGAGGCACCAGGAAGAGAAAGUGCUCAGAGGUCAUGGUGCAGAUGUAAAAUGUGUCCAUUGGCAUCCACAAAAAGGUUUGAUAGUAUCGGGAAGCAAAGACAAUCAGCAACCCAUCAAAUUAUGGGACCCGAAGAGUGGACAAGCUUUAGCCACACUUCAUGCACACAAGUCGACUGUUAUGGAUUUGAAGUGGAACGAUAAUGGUAACUGGUUGAUCACAGCAUCUCGUGAUCACUUGUUGAAAUUGUUUGAUUUGAGGAAUAUGAAUCAAGAAUUACAAAUUUUCAGAGGUCACAAAAAAGAAGCCAGCUCCGUUGCCUGGCAUCCAAAUCACGAAGGACUAUUCUGUUCUGGCGGAUCUGAUGGUUCUAUUUUAUUCUGGAAUGUUGGUACUGAUAAAGAAGUCGGAGCAAUAGACACUGCACACGAUUCCAUCGUUUGGACUUUGGCAUGGCAUCCUUUGGGGCACAUUUUAUGCUCAGGUUCCAACGAUCAUACAAUCAAAUUUUGGACAAGAAAUCGACCAGGAGACCAGAUGAGGGACAAAUAUAAUCUGAACACGCUGCCUGCAGGGUUGGCGGGACUUGACGAAAUUGACCUCGAUGAGCCUUCGGUUAUCCCCGGAAUGGGUCCAGAAGACAAAAUAGAAAUAGCUGAUAGUUUACCAUCGUUUCUGGGAGGAUCUGGUGGUGCUAUACCAGGACUUGAUUUGGAUACAUCUCUUAUUGCUGGUUUAACGGAUGAUAAGUCAAAGGCGAAGAAAGUGCCAUAUGCUAAGCCUAUACCAAGAAACUUCCAAGCGCAAUGGAACGACACUGGCAAAAAUGAUGAUGAUGAAGAAGCAACACAGAAUGAAAUCAAAGAAGCCAUCACACAAAUUGUGGAAAAUACACCAGGAGUAGUGCCUUUACAAAAUAUUACACCGACAGGCAUAAUUUUGUAUGGAAAACUUGUACCAGUCAAACCUGGUUCCAAAUUGCAAGCUGCUAUUGCCGAAGGUCCUGAAGCCUUGGAGAAAUAUAUUGCUAAGGGAGAAAUUGAGGAGCUGAGAGAUGUUUUGCCUCAGGAUGGAAAAGAGAGGACUCGUUCCAGAAUAACAAUUGGCAAAGACGGCAGUCCAAUAGUGAAAAAAUCACGUUUCUCAGAUGCAGUAGAUCCUAAGCCUACAUUCAUCUACGGAGAUCGUUACAAUAACGCUCCCAUAAUCGAACAGCCCGACUUCAAACUACAAAAUAAAAACUUCUUCAAUACCCCGCAGAAUAAACCAAACAACCAAGUCAUUAGCAAUAACUCUCAUAACAAUUCUGGGAACGACAGGAAUUUACCACCUCUCUUCGACAAUCCAAAUCAAGGUGAUAACAUGGAUAAUAACAGAUUUCGAGAUGAACCCAUGAACCACAAUGAUUUCAAUUCCAACAAUGGAGGUGGAGACAAUAACAUGUCUUCAAGGUUUGAUUUCGAUAGCAAUAAUUCCCAACAGUUUGGUCAAAAAUCUCCUGCAAAUACCCGAUGGGGCAGCAACAACCAGCAAUCACCACAACCGUGGCAAAAUCAACAACAAACACCACCGCAUAAUUUCAACAUGAAGUUCCCACCAAACUUUAGACCACCCAUGAACUUCCCUAACCAAGGCCCACCACCAGGCGGACCUUCUCCAGGUGGUCAUAAUCAGAAUCAAAAUCCUCAAAUCAUGGUCCACCGAAUGGAAGUCCCCAGAACAGGAUGAUGGGACCCCCGCCAGGAGGCAAUUGGAUGAGAAUGGACUUCAGGCCCAGAGGAGGUCCUCCGUUCAAUAUGAACCAAGGUCCACCUCCAAGAGGAAUGAUGCGUGGAGGUCCUCCCAUGAGAGGAGGCCCCGGAGGCCCUGGACCGAGGUUGUUCGGACCCAGACCAGGGAUUCAAAGAGGCAGAAACAGAUUUUAGAAUUGUCGGACUAUUUCUUGUGAAGUGUUGAUGAUGAACAUUGCAUUGUUUGCAAUUUUAUGUGAAUAAUAGUGAAUAAGAUGAACCAAUAAGAAGCGAUAUGAUUGUGUUAUAUUAUACAAAAUGUAUUUAGAAUGUAUUUUUUCAUAAUAUAUUUUAAUUAGGAUAAGUUUUGUGAAGCUGAUAAUCGAGAUGGGCAUAGAACUUAUAGCAUUGUUUUUAUGUUUUGAUUUGAAGAAUAUACAAAUUGUUUACAUGGAUGAAUAAUUAUUAAG